AAGACCCAAGCGCCAAAAGCUAAGCUACCUUCCAUCACCUCCCCUCCACUCCAACUUUCAAACCUCCAUCAUCACCAACAACAACCUCCAAUCAUGGCCUCCUACAUCGACACCUCCCUCUCGGAGGUCCAGCCCGCCCCCGAACUCCUCGGCGAAGUCAAGAAGCCCAAGAAGAAAAAGGUGCUCCUCAUGGGAAAGUCCGGCUCCGGCAAGUCAAGCAUGAGGAGUAUUAUCUUUAGCAACUACAUCGCCCGCGAUACACGAAGACUGGGCGCAACUAUCGAUAUCGAUCUUUCGCACGUCAAGUUCCUCGGAAACCUCACCCUCAACCUCUGGGACUGCGGUGGUCAAGAGGCCUUUAUGGAGAACUAUCUCUCGCAACAGCGCGUCCACGUCUUUUCCAACGUCGGCGUGCUAAUCUACGUCUUCGACAUUGAAUCCCGCGACGUCGACCGCGACUUGGCAACCUACGUCUCCAUCCUCUCCGCGCUCCUGCAAUACUCCCCCGCCGCAAAGAUCUACAUCCUCAUUCACAAGAUGGAUCUCGUUGUCCCUACGGCACGUGAGUCAGUUUACGAUGAGCGCAUUCGGGUUGUGCGACAGAAGACCUUCGAGUAUGCGAAUUCAGUCGGUAUUGCUGCGUCGUCGAUUGAGCUCACGCCGUUUGCGACGUCGAUUUGGGAUCAGAGCUUGUAUAAAGCGUGGGCGUCGAUUAUUCAUGACCUUGUGCCUAACCUCUCGGUGAUUGAGCGAAAUCUCGCAAACCUGGGUCUCGCCAUCGAAGCUGAAGAAUUGCUGCUGUUCGAGCGCACAUCGUUCCUUGCCGUAUCAUCCUGGACUUCGUCUGAAGGACAACGAAACCCGACUGAGGAUCGACUAGAGCGCAUGUCAAACAUCAUGAAGCAUUUCAAGCAGAGUAUUUCGCGCUUCACCGGUACGCCGCGCAACGCCGAGCAGUUCAUUCGAAUGGAGCACAAGGCCGGCAAUCGAUUUAGUCUGUUCAUUCUCAAGUUCACGACAAACACGUAUCUCAUGGUUGUUCUUCCACCCGGAGAAGCUCGGUUCAACGCUGCCAUGCUCAAUUGUCAGAUCGCCAUUGAGCACUUCAGAUUUCUGGAUGGUCCCGCAACUCCAGCUCCCAACACCACCACUGCUGCCGCCUAAACUGAUAAGACCACAUAGAUCGGAGUUAUCACGGCGUAUGGCUUGUUAUUUGGCGUUAGGUGUUGAGAUACCACUCUAGGUGAUAUUUUUGAGUAUCAGUUACAGACAUGCAUACAAGACUCAUUUACAAGUCAUUUCGCAUUUUAGCUAUCCGUGAUUCUAUCCAUGACCUCUAUAAGUCAAUGCUAGCAUCUGAAUUUGUUGGCCAGUCCGUAAAUCAACCUCAACGCCGAUUUUUCCAUAUCUAAGUCCACUUGACAACGGCAGUACCACCCUUCUUGAAUUCGGGCAUCUCACCAAGAACCAUGCUGCGAUCGGUAUGGUCCUUGUUGGGGAAUGUUGUGGAAAGAACCCAUGAUCUGGAUCGUGUGUCUGGUGAUGCUCCCUGUACGAAACCGUAGACAUCGUCGAUAGUGUGGGUGGUGUUGAAACGAGCAGGUAGACGUGUACCAUCGGGCAUCUGGAUUCGGAUCAUGAUUGUGGGCUGAGCAUCAUCGACAGUUGGAGCAUUGGAUGACGACGGAGCGGCGGAAGAAGCGGCAGGGGCAGGGGAAGAGCUUGAGCCCUCAACACCAGGGACAACAGCUCCAAGUCGCUGACCAGAGCCACCGAAAGGUCUGUACUUCUUGGGUUGUGGCUGGUAUGGUGUGUCGUGCUGGUGAAGCUUGACAUCGAUGGGUUGGUCAUGCUGCACAUUCAUGAGGUGAAGAGGUGCGCGACCAGCUCGGAUCAGGGCGAGGUCAGCUUGGUUUGCGGGGUCGUCAAAUCGGCGAAGGUCACCGUCAUCGAUGCUGAAACCAUCUUGCCAGAUGUGAAGAACUCGUUCUUGAGGUUCGGCGUUUGAAGAGCGAGCUGGGCCGAGAGGAUCAGGAAUGCUGCGGCUCUCGACACCAUCUCCGCCGAGUGUCUGUCCAGUUCCCCGGAAGCGACUGGGCUCAGAAGGGCCAGCCUCAUUCUCGGCUUCGGGGCGUUGAGCGUUGCUAAACUGUCAGCUAAAUUCACCUUCAAAUGCUCAGUGACUUACGCUCGUGCCUUGGCGAGAAUGUCACUGAUGAUCUUCUUGGGACCGCCCUCCUGGUGCGGAUCUUGAACAGCCAAUCCAGACUUCUCACCACCGGCAAAUAGGUUUCCUCGUCCAUCAUCGUCUUCGCCGUCGAAAUCGUCAUCAUCGUCAUCACCAUGAUCGUGUUGGUGGGAUGAGCUACCGAGAGAUCCUAGAGUAGCAACCCCCCUCUUCUUCUGUUGUGAUGCGGCAGGUUUGCGAGUCGGUUGGCUGCUGCGGGCAGCCUCUGGAGCUGGUCGGCCGUCGAGGGUUCGAGGACCCGUGUAGUUGUCAGGAGCGGCAGCGGGAGCUGUGGAUGUGUCGCGGUUAUCAUCUUCGGCAUCACGGAACCAAGCAUUGCUGGCCUCGGCGAGAUCCCAGUUGUGGGCUUCAAGAUACUGUCUGGCCUUGGGCGCGUUAGCUGGAAUGUUCGGUGCGAAUCAGAGAAAUUCGAACCUCUUCAGGGCUUGCGCCGCUCAGGCCUGCAAACUCCACGAUCUGGGCUUCGUGGUCUGCCAUGUUGACGAUUGAAGGCGGGGUAGUAGAGAUGUGUGUUGAUCAAGUUUUCAGAAGUCGCAGAUUUAUGAGGAGCUUUGGUAAAUUUAGAGGGGAUUGAGUCAAGAUAAAAAGACACGUCAAUCCCAAAGUGCG